AUGGUUAAAUUUAGGAGUGCCGCAUUAGCUUUUAAGAGCUUAAAUGGAGUUAUAUGUGUUUAUAAACCUUCAUGUGUAUCAGUGAAACAAGUUCAACAUACAAUUAGAACUAAUCUUUGCAGAGAUUUGAAUGCUUUACCGGAUAGACCGAUAGAGCAGAGAGUAGAAAUAAUAGGACCAACAAAUGCUCCCAUGGAAGUAAAGUUGGUACCGAAUUAUGCUGAUAAUCCUCUUGUGUGCGGUCCACGGUACAUAAAGGAUGAUUUCCGUUGCAGGGUAGCUAGUCAUUUAGGCCUAUUUAGUAGCGGAGUACUAUUAUUAGGUUUAAAUGAAGGCACAACAUUGACCUAUCAAAUACAUGCUGGUAGACCCACAAGAGCUUAUAAGGUCUAUGGCCAGUUGGGCAAAGCUACUAAUACUUACUUUUGGAAUGGCAAGACUGUAGAAAGAACCACAUACAACCAUGUGACUAGGGAGAAGAUAGAUGGCGUUGUGGCGCACAUACAGGCUGCUCAUCAGAGAACUAUGUUUGAAUUAUCUGGUCUUCACAUGGAAUCUCAGACAACAUAUGAACUGGCAUCAAAGGGUCUUAUAAGGCCUGCUGAGAGCAAACUGCCUGUUGUUUAUGGUAUCAAAUGUGUCUCCUUUGAGCCUCCUAAUUUUACAUUAGAAAUCCAGUCAGUCAAUGAGUAUGAUAAAUACCUAUGGACUUUAGUUCAUGAUCUGGGCAUCCAACUCAAGUCUUCUGCUCACUGUACUGGAGUCCAGUGCAUAAGACAAGGAAAGUUUGAGCUGGAGCUAGCCUUGUUGAGGAAGCAUUGGACCUUGGAGCAUCUUACAAACAAUAUGAAAAUAUGUCACAAGUUGCUUGAAGAUAAUCUGCAACUGUUGAAACCUGAAUCUGCCGUCAUGAUGCAGUAA